AUGACACCCCAAACCCGCAAGUUGUACCUUUGCGAGGAGAAGACCCAGGACAAGGGUCCGACUGUGGACUCUGCUGAUCUCGAGGAGCGUAUAGCAGCGCGACGUUUGCGCAUUGAAAACCGUGUGGCCCAACAGAAUCCAGAAUUCUUUGACCAGAAGGUCGAGGACGACGAUGAUGGCACAAAGCUGCCUGAGAUCAGCAAAGAACAGGUGGAAAUGAGUAUGCAGCGCAUUGUGAACCUCUGUCGAAACGGCAAUGCCUUCAUAUCUAACAUCAAGGUGGCCUGUGAUGCAAGAGAAAACCUCCGUAGACUGGAAGAGGAUGAGCUCAACCUUAUUCGCACC